AUGAUCCCAUCUAUCUCCAAGGAGAAAUUUACCAUGUUUAAAGAUUAUUUAUUGAAGCAGAAGAAUUUGGAAAUGAUAGAAAUCGAGAUAAGAGAUGAGUUUUUCCAUCAAGGUAGGGUCUCUAUGGAAAAGGAUAGUAACAAGAUUAUAGGUGCGAUUAAAAAAGAUAAGAAAUUUAUGGAAAUUAUUCAACUUGUCGGAAAUGAAUACGAUAUGAAAUUCACCAUCGCAUUGGAAAAGAAAAUUGAUCUACCUGAUUGGUUUGAUGUAACGAAAGAACGUAAAGUGGAUCCAACACGUCUCAAACAUCGAUAUACUUUUAAACGAAUUGGUAACGAAAUUAACAAUAAUGUGUCAAUUGAUUUAUCAGAAAUAAGAAAUUGUGAUAAAGAAGAGGAAGAAGCUAAGUAUGAAAUUGAAUUAGAAUUUGUAGCCAUGGAAAAACUUUGGGCAAAUCUUGGAGACCGUGAACGCACAGUGGAUUUACUGAAAGAUUUUUUCAGAUAUUCCCAAGAUUUAUUAGAAGUACUCGGUUAA